CACUUUCAUAGUUUCCCGCCGCUAGGCCUCAAUUUCCGUUUCCGUUCCUCAGCGCGGCGCAUGGUCGUCGGUCGUCACGUUGGUUUAUUGACUGAACACAACAUAUUUUGUACUCAGUUUGUUUCUUAGGAGUUGCUGCUAUCUAAGGUUAUGGUGAUUUGAUUCUCUUAUUUUCACCUGUCAAGCUACUGACAUUUUUUCAUCGGACCUUUCCUUAAGUGGACAAUAAUUUCUCCGAUGGAAGGAUAUAAAAUAGGAAGCCUUGGGGAUUUAAUAUCCGGAAAUUCCAAUGGCCUUGCUAAUACCAAGAAAAUUAUAUUCAAGGAGUUAACUCCUCGACCAAAGAAUAAUACAAGCUCUGAUGAGCAGCCUAGUUCAAAGUUAAAAGGUAAAUCUGAUGUCUUUACUGAAUUGAAGAAAGGUCUGAAGAUCAAAGAUAAAAUCAGAUCCACAAUCUCAAGAAAACGGAAAGCAGAGAUUGCUGGCGAUGAUGUGUCAGACACUGUUGGUGUGUCCUACAGCUUACACAAUAGUGAAGACUAUGUUCCUCUUAAUAAUUCUGAAGAGCACUCCAAAGCUGGUGAAGAUAAUCCCCAGGAUCAAGAUACCUUUAAACGAAAUGCUGCAAGAAGAGUCCACAUUAAAAAUAACACUCGUAAACAUGUUGAUAAUUCAGAGAAGAAUUCUAGGACAAUAUUUGUUGGCAAUAUUCCCUAUGCUCACAGUGACAAAAAGAAACUCAUUAAGUUCUUUUCAAAGUAUGGUGAAGUGGAAUCAGUCAGGAUAAGAUGUGCUCCACUGAAUGAUCCUCGUGUGUCUAAGAAGGUCGCUGUGAUCAAACAUAAGUUUCAUCCCGAACGAUCAAGUAUUAAUGGUUAUGUGGUGUUCAAGAACUCUGAGAAUGCUGAAUCAGCUUUGGAAGCAAAUGGUUCUGUGUUUCAUGAUCAUCACCUUCGUGUUGACAGUGCAAGUGCCAAACCACAAGUGGACCCUAAAAAGUGUGUCUUUUUAGGGAAUGUUCCGUUUGUUACCGAAGAGGAGGACUUGUGGCAAUUGUUUGCUGAGUGUGGACCCAUAGAAAGUGUGCGUAUUGUCAGGGAUCCUAUAACUUCCGUGUCAAAAGGAAUAGCGUUCGUGAACUUUACGACCUCAGAUGCUGCUGAAUUAGCUCUUCACCUCAAUGGAAGCGUUUUAAAGAAAAGAACAAUUUCUGUCACAAGAGCGAAACCCUCUGCAAAGUCCACUCUAGCAAAGCCUCUGUCAGCUAAACCUGUUCGCCAUGUAGGUACCGAUGCCAAGGCUAAACCGAAAAUAAGUGCUAAUGAAGAAAAAAGAAUGGCAAAAAAAGCAAAAAGGAAAAUGAGAAGAGAAGGAGAAGCAGCUCUUGGCAUUCAACGCAAGAAAAAGAAGAAGAAUGAUGCCUCAGAAGAAAUGGGAAAGCAAACUGUUGUGAAACCGAAUGUUGGAGGCACAGAAACCGAAGAGGCCUCCAGUGGAUCUGAAGUGAAAGAAGGAAAGAAAAAUAAACAUUUAAGAUUCCAAGAACAAUCUGAAGAGGCUUCCAAUGAAUCUAAAGGAAAAGAAGCAAAGAAAAAUAAACAUACAAGAUUCCAGGGACAGACAGUUGAGGAAUCCAAGAAGAAAAAGAGGAAAAUUAACAAAGGCGCUCAAAGGAAGAAGAAGAUUGCUCUGUUGCUCAGUGGAGGAAAGAAGAAAACUUAGCAUUAAACUGUCACUCAUUGCCACUGGAUUUUUUUCCAAGAGCAUAAUAAAUAAAAAAAACUGUUGACCAAGUAAUUUA